GCCACAUUGCCUCGCCCUCCUGCAGUAAGAGUUUUUCUUCUGGAUUAUAUGACAAUCUCUCAGUCCAUAUCCAGCUCCAGACAGCUUCAUCAUCAUGUUGUUCAGUCAGUGGGCUCUUCUCUUGACCGUGUGGAUGCUUCGGCCACAGCAGGUUUCUUCUUUUAACCUGGACACGCAGAACGUGAUGAAGAAGAGUGGGGAAGCUGACACUUUGUUUGGGUUUUCUAUGGCCAUGCAUCAUCAGCUCAAACCUUCAGAGGAGCGCGUAUUGCUGAUAGGAGCCCCUCGUGCUAAAGCAUUGCCCAAUCAAAAUGCCAAUAUAUCUGGAGGUCUGUACAGAUGUAAAUUCACACAAUCUAAUGAUUGUGAACGCAUUAAAGUUGAUAUAAAAGAACGUUCCAAGCACAAUCCUGGAAAAGACUUUAGAGAAAAACAAUGGCUGGGCGUCCGUGUCCGAAGUCAGGGACGAGGAGGCAAAGUAGUGACUUGUGCCCACAGGUACCAGGAUUGGAGUUUUGACAACCAGCGUUUAUUGGGCAGAUGUUUUGUCCUGGAACAGGACCUUACCUUGGUGAAGGAUGGAGAGUCCACAAGAACAAUUUGUAAGAAUCGGGAACCAGAUAAGCACAAUUUUGGCUACUGUCAACAAGGUGUCUCCGUAGCAUUUUCCAAAGACAACAGAUAUCUUGUUUAUGGAGCUCCAGGAGCAUAUGACUGGAAAGGCAUUGUGCACAUGGAGCCUGUUGAUAACUUCUUUAUAGAGACCUUUGAAACGGGAGAUCAUAAUCAGCGUCAACACAAGCUUAUUCCUGUGGACAUCAGCAGCUUUUUAGGCUUUGUUGUCGAUACUGGGAUGAACCUAAUGAAGAAAGGAGAGCUGAAUGUCGUUGCUGGGGCUCCGCGCUCAAACCACAGUGGGGAGGUUUUGCUGCUGAGAAUGGAAGAAAAGGCAGAAAUAAGGAACUUGAAAGCUGAGUACAUCCUUCAAGGCCCAGGUUUGGCCUCCUCCUUUGGAUAUGACCUCACUAUUCUUGACAUAAACUCAGAUGGGUGGGAUGAUCUUGUUGUGGGUGCACCUGAAUUUUCCAAUAAAAACAUGGAUGAAGAUGUAGGAGGGGCUGUGUACGUUUAUAUCAACCAAGCCAAAGGGCAACGCUGGAACCAAAUCAAACCAGUGUGUCUGUACGGGAAAAGGGACUCCAUGUUUGGACUAGCAGUGGCACAUAUUGGGGAUAUCGAUCAAGAUGGAUACCAAGAUUUUGCAGUGAGUGCUCCUAAUGAGGAUACAGGGAGGGGUCGAGUGUACAUAUAUCAUGGUUCAGCUGCAGGGUUUCAUAAAAAACCAGAGGUUUUAGAUUCUGGACACCCUGGUAUCAAAUCAUUUGGCUAUUCAUUGGCUGGAAACAUGGAUAUAGAUGAUAAUGGCUAUCCAGACCUUGCUGUGGGUUCACUUUCAGAUACUGUGCAAGUUUAUAGGUCUAAACCAGUGGUAAACAUAGAAAAGACCUUAACAUUAACACCCAAUGCUAUUGAUUUCAAGGCUCAGGACUGCAAGAGAUAUUCAUGCUAUAUUACAGCUCAGUCCUGCUUCACUUACACUGUCCAGACACCUACAUACAAUCACAAACUGAGGAUCAAGUACACACUAAUGGCUGAUACAGUGCGGAUAGAGAGGGGUCUACCUUCACGAGUGGUCUUUGUGAAUUCUGAGGCUGCACAGGGAGACCAGGAACUGUCUGUCCAGGGCAAACAAGAGUGUAUUCAGACCAAGCUCAGGCUGCUGGGAGAUAUCCAGGACAAGCUGACCAUCAUUUCCAUCAGCCUGUCUGUUUCUUUGCAGUCCAACAAUCUAAAACAGACAUUCAGAAACCUCCCUGGCUUAGAGCCAGUUUUGAACACUCUGCAAGAAAAUGCAACCAAAGCAGAAGUCACCUUUAUAAAUGCCGGCUGUGGAAGUGACAACAUCUGUCAAAGUAACCUGCAGCUCCAGUAUAGCUUUUGCACCAAAGACCAACAAGGAGACAAAUGUGACCCUCUAGCCAUGGAAAAUGAUAUUCCGGUCAUUUCUCCUGGUGAUGAGAACAUUGCCCUGGAGGUCACUGUAACCAACAUAGGUGGAGAUGAUGCACACCAGAGUCAACUUUCUGUGACGUUUCCAGAAUUUCUGCGCCUAUCAUCAGUCGAACUGAAGAAGAGUAGUGAAACUCAGGUGCAGUGUAACCCCAAUGAAAAUAAAACACAGGCCAACUGCCAACUUGGAAAUCCCUUUAAAAGAGACUCAGAGGUUUCAUUCUUCCUGAUACUUAGCACAGAAAGGCUUUCCUUGAGCAUAAAAAGCACUAAUGUGACUAUGUCCCUUAAAACGAUCAGCAUUCAAGAUAUUCCAGUAGUCGUUGCAGAAGCAAAAAUUGUUUUUAAAAUGCAUCUGAAAAUCGCUGGUCUUGCUAAACCUUCCCAAUUAUUCUUUGGAGGAAAAGUAAAAGAUGAGAAAGCAAUGAAAUCAGAAGAUGAUAUUGGCUCUUUGGUCCAAUAUGAAUUCAGGAUCAUUAACCUUGGUCGGCCUCUGAAGUCCUUUGGUUCUGUUGUGCUGAACAUUCAGUGGCCAAAAGCAACCAAGGAGGGAAAACGGCUCCUGUACCUUGUGCAGAUCAAGGAUCAAGGAACAAAUAUUAUUCACUGCACACCAUCAGAGGCCAUCAACCCACUCCGAUUUAUCAAGGCGUCAUCCAGAAGGCGGCGUGAAGUAGAGCGUGAACCAGGCCUGGAGGCUCUUGUUUCCACUACGGAUUUUUUCCCCUUUUUGGGCAACAAAAGAAAGUAUAAAACCCUGACAUGUGCUGAUGACUUGAGAUGUGUGGAUAUAAAGUGCCCUCUUGAGGCAGUGAACAGCACUACAGCCGUUGUUCUUCAUGCACGCUUAUGGAACAAUACUUUUCUUGAGGAGUAUAGUUCAUUGAACUACUUGGAUAUUGUACUGGAUGCAUUUUUGACUCUUAAUGGGACUCAGGAGAAUAUUGGGAUGCAGCAAUCUGAUGCUAAGGUUAAGCUAACUGUUUUUCGUGAAAGAAAGCCUGCUUUGCUCAGUCGAGUCCCAUGGUGGGUCAUUCUUUUCAGCAUAAUGACUGCACUGCUGUUAAUGGCUCUGCUCUUUUACCUAUUAUGGAAGUUUGAAUGCUUGAAUUGUGGAAUGUGUGCCAAAGGAAAGAAAGUAUAAUAAGAAUCGGGACAGCAACAUAUGACAACCAAACAGAGCUGUGUCUCCUCAGGAAAAUGGACAAAACUGUUUUCCGAUUUUGUGGAGAUUUUAA